CUAUCUGUGUGGCCUUCUUCACCUAUCAUGCUAUUGCUUCCUUCUCUAACCACUCUCUUGCUGACUAAUGUAAAUGUAAUACUCCCUUCUCUUCAUUCUUUCCUCUUCUCUCUUCCGUUACGACGGUUACAUACCACGUCCCCUCUCUCUCUAGACCAAUAUGGAAUCAGAGAAACGCUAUGCUUCAGCUUCUUCUUCUCUCUCCCCUACUUCUUCAUCCUCCUCUUCUUCUUCCUCUCCGUCCGACGAGAUUGAGGCGGCGGAGACUCUAGCUUACUUUUCCCGAUUAGCAAUGCGCCGCCACACUACUCAUUCCACCGAUAAUUCCUGCAACAACCGAUUCAACCUCGACUCACCGAUUCCUCACUCGGAUCCUCCUCCGCCUAGUUCGGGCCAAGGUGUUGCAGGUCAGCAGCAAGAUGAAAAAAUGUCGAGCACUACAUCGAUCGAAACAGAAAGGAUUCAACAAAAUGACUGCUUAAGAAACAUUAAGUUGGAGCAGGAUGCUGAUUUAUCUAAGACUAAUCACUGCAACAAGUCGUCAAGACGUAAUUUUACAGAGGAAGAAAAAGAAGCACGGAGGAUACGAAGGGUAUUGGCUAAUAGAGAGUCCGCUAGGCAGACAAUUCGCCGCAGGCAGGCUCUGAGUGAGGAGUUAAGCAGAAAAGCUGCCUCGUUAGUGCUGGAAAAUGAAAACCUAAAGAGAAAGAAGGAACUGGCUUUGAAAGAGUAUCAGUCUUUAGAGACUACAAAUAAGCUAUUAAAAGCACAAGUAUCUAAGUCAAUAAACACGAAACUGGAAAAAACUCCUGUUGAGCAGGAGUUAUCUAUGGCCGAGGUAGCACCUAUGUCUGGUAAUAGUCCAUGGUUUCGUUGUAACCAUUUUCCGGUUAGACAAUUAUUUUGGCCCUCCAUCUUUCAAUCUUCUAAUCAAGUUCAUACACCAUUUAACUCCAUUGCCAUUCCAUCACAUGUAUACGAACCAUGUUCUUCUGAGUCUGAAUCUCCUCACAAGCAAGAUAACCUUAUAAAUGACAAUCGAACACAAAAUCUAUUGUACAUGUUUCAAUGUCCUUGGUUAUACCCUCCUCCGGAUAUUGGAAAUGGACAACCAUCGGCUUCCAGUUGUGUAGAAGAUAAACAAGAUAAUCUUCCUCUAGAUGAACAAUGCAGUACUAGUUUAUCCUUAAAUAGAGCAGGAAAUAGGGAUUGUCAUGCAACUGUACCUAUCAAAUUGAAAACAGAAUCUACUGAGUGGACCAAAUCCAGAUCUAGUAGUGAUCCUGGUCACACCACUCCAUGUUUUUCUUUGGAUGGAGUUGAGCAGAAAAAAAGAUGUCACAAUAUAGAAAAUUUCCAUAGACCUGCAUUUGAUUGUAAUGGACAUGCUUCUGUAGUCAAGCAAGAACCCGAGCUUCAGUUAAAUUUGGCUUCCAACACCAAGGUAUCUUCAACAGUUUCUUCACUGGAAAAGAAACAAGAACAGUUCAUAUGCCCAGGAAAAAAUCUAGUAGAUGCAGUUGCUGCGGCAGAGGCACGAAAGAGGAGAAAGGAACUAACAAAACUAAAAAGUAACCAAAGCCGCCGGAUGGAGUGUUGAUUUCUCAGUUAACCAAUUAUCAGCUUUUGCACCUGCUUAUGGUUUGAUAGAAAAGAAAUUUGGUGAAAUUGAGGAGAGGGUACAUGAGACCGAAUUCACUUACGAGCCUUGGAAGGGUAUUGAAUUCCAAAUCAUGUAUAUAGCAGUGAUAGUGGGAAAGUUAGGUUUUUCUGAAAUCAUCUUGCUUUUUUUACUUCCAUUGUCAAGUGGAACAACUUUUUUAUUUAAGAGUUAUUACUAUCCGGAUUCUUCAACUUUGUAGGGUAUCUCUGAGCACUUUAAUCCCAUAAAUUGGGUGUACAAUAUGCUGUAUAAGGAUAACCUUGUAAAUUAUAUACUUCUAACUGUUACUUGAGAAUUGAAAAUUUCA